CCUCCAUUGCUCCGUCCGGCUUGAAGGUGAAAUUCCCGUCUAUCGGCUCGGCUCUCCCGGCGACAGCGCGCGUCUCCCCCGCUGCUCUCUGUAAACCCGCUCCUCCGUUCACCCGCGAGCAUGUCGUUGUUCAGCGACGUCCCGCUGGCCGCCCCCGUGGCCGUGUUCAAACUGACGGCCGAUUUCCGUGAAGACAAGAGUCCCAGCAAGGUGAACCUGGGAGUGGGAGCUUACAGAACAGACGAUUGUCAGCCAUGGGUGCUUCCCGUGGUGCGGAAAGUGGAGAAGAUGAUCGCAGGAGACGACAGUCUAAACCAUGAGUACUUGCCUAUCCUGGGUCUGCCAGAGUUUCGUUCUAGUGCCUCUAAAAUUGCUCUGGGGGAGGACAGCCCAGCCAUUCAGGAGAAGAGGGUGGGAGCUGUGCAGUGUCUCGGGGGCACUGGAGCUUUGAAGAUUGGUGCUGAGUUUCUCCGCAGAUGGCACAAUGGGAACAACAACACAAAAACCCCAGUUUAUGUUUCUGCACCCACAUGGGAGAACCACAAUGGAGUUUUUCUUAAUGCUGGGUUUGAGGAUAUUCGUCCAUACAAAUAUUGGGAUGCACAGAAGCGUGGCCUGGACCUGUCUGGUUUCCUGGGAGAUCUGGAGAGUGCACCUGAGCACUCUAUCUUUAUUUUGCACGCCUGUGCACACAACCCCACCGGCACAGACCCCACCCAGGAUGAGUGGAAGCAGAUUGCUGAUGUUAUGAAGAGAAGGAGCCUCUUUCCCUUCUUUGACUCAGCUUAUCAAGGCUUUGCCUCUGGAAACUUGGAGAAGGAUGCCUGGGCAAUUCGUUUCUUCGUGUCUCAGGGUUUUGAAAUAUUCUGUGCCCAGUCUUUCUCAAAGAACUUUGGACUGUACAAUGAGAGGGUCGGCAACCUGACGGUUGUGGCUAAAGAUGAGGAUAACCUGAACCGCGUUCUCUCCCAGCUGGAGAAGAUUGUACGAAUCACCUGGUCCAAUCCUCCCUCUCAGGGAGCUCGUCUGGUUGCCAUCACGCUUACUACCCCAGAUCUCUUUGCUGAAUGGAAGGACAAUGUUAAGACAAUGGCUGACAGGGUGCUGCUGAUGCGAGCUGAGCUUAAAGCCAAGCUGCUGGCCCUCGGUACUCCAGGCACCUGGGAUCACAUCACCGAUCAGAUCGGCAUGUUCAGCUUCACUGGUCUCAACCCUAAACAAGUGGAAUACAUGGUGAAGGAGAAGCACAUCUACUUGAUGGCCAGUGGCCGCAUCAACAUGUGUGGCCUGACCACCAAGAAUAUUGACUACGUUGCUGAGUCAAUUCAUGAAGCGGUUACCAAGGUCCAAUAAUAUCCCUGUCUCUCUAACUGCCUGCCUGUUUGAAUGUGACAAAGGGGGUGUUUUCAGGUUGGGUCCUGAAAGAGUGAAUCACAUCUCUCUCUGUUUCUUACACACACAUGUUUAUUUACUUACUUCUCAGUCCUCUGUACUUUCAGCACUCCAGCAACAUGGGCUGGUCUCACGGUCAGUGUAGAUGUAAUACACAUUCAAGGCUAAGUAGUUGUUCCAAGAGAACAGAACUGUGAUCCUGUCUGGUCUUCCUCUCAGUUGUGUUCAUUUUGCACUAGAGAAUAAUCUGUACUUCUUCAGUUGCAUCCUGUAGUGGUCCAUUAACCGUUUUCAGCUUUCUGAUUGAACUAAAAAAAAAGCACCUUUUUUGUUGUAGAACUGCAGGUAUUGAGUGACUUACUCAUAUAAAGUGAGAUACAUUAAUUUAUGAUGUCCGAUUGACUGAUUUCAAGCUCUGUCUUUGUUUGGUGCACAUUUCUGCUUAAACAAGGAAGCAAAGUAUACUAUAACUUGACAAAAAAAAUAACCUAAACUUUUAAUUGUAUCUUAAACUAAACUGAUUGGAUUAUCAUCAAGUUUGGAAUGUAAUCAAUAGCGAAUUAGUAUUUUAUUGAACACAUUUUUUUCAACUAUGUACUUAAUGAAGGAGUUUGCUUAAAAAACUAUUUAAACUAUCAAUUAUGACACAUUUUAAUAUGUUCAUGUCUACUCAUAGUAAUAGGACUUAAUGUGCUAUAAUUAACCUUUCCUUCAGACUACCCUUAAAACUAAGUUUAACCUACAUUGAUUAUAUUCGCACAUAAUUACCCAGCAUUCCCAUUUUAUUAAUUGUUAUAUUAUAUGUUAAUCAUGCUCAUGUUCACUGUAAAGUGAAGUAAGAACAAAUGCGUGUUUUGUUUAAAUGGUUCCAGAGGUUCAGGGCUUGGCAGUGUCUUUCGCACUUUAAGUGUUUGUUCAGGGUGUCUUUAGUAUUUGCUGCUUUGUCCUUCCACCUCUCCCAAAGCUCUGCAUGUGUGUUUAGGAAAAUGCCGUCAGUGUCAGUAGCUUUGGCAGAUCUGUACACCUGCUAGGAUGAGUACGGUUCACCCUUUGGCCGUGUUGUUGCUUAAUAAACUAAUAAAGAACACAAAU